UAUAAAUAAAAGCUUGUUACUGACCUUGAAUAACAACUCAGCAAAGUGAAAACAAACGACGAUGGUGUACGUAUCUUCGGGAGGCCAAGUUGUAGACUCACAAUCGCCAUGGAGGCUAUCCAUUGUUCCAGAGAUUUUCUGGGGGAUCAUCAAUUUCAUUGUUUUAUUCUUCAGGACCAUGAUAUCGCCGUCCAUGACAAAACGUGGUAACUCUUACACAACAGACUACAGAGCUGGAGGGGGCGGACCACCCCCGCCACCAAGGAGAAGAAUGGGAGGAUUCAGAGGGGGCGGAGGUGCCCCCAGUGCUCCACCAAUGGGAGGUGGAUGAGGAAGGUAAACAUCCAGAGGUCAUGUGACACAGAGACACACUCUGAUUGGCUCUCUGGAUACCAACUUUUAUUAGGCUUUAGUUUGUAAUGAAGGGAAACCUCAUGAAAUCCAACAUAUGACUGUGUUAAGGACUUAUUUAAAGAAUUUUUUUGUAACUGACAAGAUUUGUAUUGUUUGAUGCUAAGCCGAAACACAAAGAGAUGUUGUGUUACUGUCAAAGA